AUGGCACCUACGUCUCGAAAGGCCGCUCGCCCGGCCAAAUUGGGCAAACACGAGGUCGGUCCCAAGAUGUCUUGGGAGGAGAAGGUAUACUUCCUCUGGCUCCACUUUCAAAUGAAAGAUGGAGAUAAGCCCAACCACGCCGCCGUUGCGGCCAAGUUGAAUAUCCCCCGUGACGCUGCGGUCAGGCGUUACACUCAGAUCAAGAAGCUCACCAAGAAUAUUGAGGAGUCCAUGGCGCCCAAGAUGCACAGCUUUGGUUUCGAGGAUGAGGAAUUGAACAGGCUCUUUGAGGAGGUGGAAAAGAAAUACGCACAUGAGCUGGUCCUGCGCUAG